AUGCUUUCGAUCACCCUUUCGGUUAUCGGUCUACUCGCCUCUGCGGCCAGCGCUUCGCUGCAGAUCGUUCCUGGGGCCACUUGGACCGCAACAAACACAGGUCAGCACAUUCAAGCUCACGGCGGCGGCAUCCUCAAAGAUGGGGACAAGUGGUACUGGGUUGGUGAAGACAAGACCAAUGGCAACUCGUUCAUCAACGUCAACUGCUACUCCUCCACCAAUCUCGUUGAGUGGAAAUAUGAAGGGGCUCUGCUCUCACAGACUGCAUCAGGCGACACAGGACCAAAUCGCGUCAUCGAGCGCCCUAAAGUCAUCUACAACAAAUCAACUAAGAAGUAUGUCAUGUGGAUGCACAUCGACAGUGGCGACUACAAAGAAGCGAAGAUUGGCGUAGCCACCAGCAACACUGUAUGCGGCAAAUAUACGUACCUGCGCAGUGAGCAACCGUUGGGUCACCAGAGCCGAGACUCUGGUGUUUUCGUAGAUGAUGAUGACAAGGCAUACCUAUUGACCGAAGAUCGCCAGAAUGGACUUCGCAUCAACGCCCUCUCCUCGGAUUACCUGACCGUGCAGUCUAACACAUAUACCUUCGCCGAGAAGUACGAGGCCCCCGCUGUUAUCAAAAAAAACGGCGUAUAUUUCAUGUUCGCCUCCCAGCUCACCGGCUGGAACCCAAACGAUAAUUACUAUGCAACCGCGAAAUCUCUUGCUGGGCCCUGGUCAGCAUGGGCAAAGUUCGCCGACAGCGGCUCCAACACGUACAGCUCCCAAACCACCUUCGUUCUACCCAUAGGCGACAAUUUCGUGUACAUGGGCGAUCGGUGGGUCAGCAGCAACCUCAUGCGCAGCACGUAUGUCUGGCUGCCGCUCACAAUCUCCGGCACCACAGCCACGCUCAAGAACUCGGUAAACUGGAUCUUGAACCCCAGCACUGGCGCGUCGUCUUCCGGGCCCGCCGAAACCACGUACGAAGGGGAGUCUGCUACUCUCAGCAAGAAUGCGCGUGUCAUCACGUGCUCGACGUGCUCCGGCGGCAAGGCAGCGGGCUACAUCGGUGGGUCUGAUGGCGGUACGGUGGUGUUCAGCAAUGUCCAGUCGGACGUGGCGGGGAAAACGAGUAUCAGAGUCAAGCAUCUGAACGGGGAUAAGAGCCAGAGGACCGCCGAUGUCACUGUAAAUGGUAAAACGCAGAGGCUUGCGUUCUUGCCCCAUGGAGGAGGUGAUCCUGGCAGCAGUGUCUUGAACGUUGAUUUGAAGCAAGGCGCAAACCAGAUCACAUUUGUUGGGGUGAGCGGAAAAUACGCCGCGGAUGUGGAUCGAUUGAUGGUCCCGAGGUCUUGA